GCUUUGUUACCGGGAAUGCCGCAGUGGCAGUGGAAUCCAUUGGAAUGCUACGCUGUGGCCUGCUUUGAUGACGUCGUUGAAGCGCGGAUGUACCUGGAAGCUGCGUGGAUGUCGCAAAAUAAGCUACAAAGUGCAGAGGGGAGGAUGUUGCAUUUCCAGCUUUGCAUGCUAAGGGAAGCAGUGAUUUCUGAAAGAGGUAUAAGAAUUGCUCGCGCGAAGUUCUCCACGGAGGCAUCAGUCGCUGCACAGCAAUCGAGCAAAGAUAAGGAAAGGAAGUUCCAGUCUGCCAUUCCUGCAGAACAUGCCGAAUACAGGUUUGUCUACCCGGAGUUCUUACCGGACCCGGACAUGAGCCGAAGGCACUUUAUAAGGGAACGACUGGAGCGUAUGGACAUGCUAAAGCGUCGAACUGCAAUCGAAAUUCCAGAAUUCUAUGUUGGGAGUAUUCUGGCUGUAACAGUAUCGGAUAACUAUGCACCAGGAAAGCAGAACCGCUUUGUAGGCAUCUGUACCGAGCGAGAAGGGCAUGGUCUGAGACAUCGCUUCACCCUGAGAAAUGUUGUUGAUCACCAAGGUGUGGAGAUUAUGUAUGACAUGUACAGCCCAAUUAUUCUCAAGAUUGAAGUGCUGAGGCUCGAGAAACGGCUCGAUGACAACCUCCGCUACCUGAGAGAUGCGUUGCCGGAGUACAGUACGUUCCCCUUGGAUAUGGAACCAGACGCACACACGGAUGGUGCAGUGCCCAUUAACCCACUCAAGGUAAAAAUGAAGCCCCGCCCAUGGACCGAACGCUGGGAGCGCAAGGAACUGAAAGGUGUGAGUGACUUUGGCUUGCCAGAGCGCUUCCAUAUUAGGGCUGCAGAAGUUGCCACUCCAUGGGAGAAGUUUGACCUGAUGAAGCAGUAUAGACGGACCAUACCAGAGGAACAGCAAGUUCAUAUCUGGGAAGAAGUCCAUAAGCACAGGACUACUGUUGAGGAUGCGCAGAGGAGGGAGAGGAGACGCAAACUGCUGCAGAAAAAAGACGCCUGAAUUUAUUCUAUCAGUGCUCUCAUUGUAGGUUAAUAAAUUAUAAUGCAGCAAUGCUAAGUUGUUUUACACGA